AUGGGGUUGAAACAGGACGAUAAGUUCCCAACUGAUGUUACAUUUAAGUACAUUCCAAUCGAGUUAAAUAAUACCCAGGAUCCUUUGACAUGCGAGCAGCCAAUUUUGCUUAAACUUGAUAAGCAUUUGGAAGAAACGGAUGGGAAUACUUUAAUUGUUUCUGUCCCUGGAGCAUUUACUCCCACAUGUACCGCAAAUCACAUUCCCCCAUUUUUGACCAAUUUGUCAAAGUUAAAGAAGGAAAAGAACAUUGGAUCAAUUAUAGUUAUUAGUGCUAAUGAUGCAUUUGUUUUAAAUGCUUGGGGAAAAUUGUUACUAUCCACAGUAAAAGUGACAGAACCAGCACCUAAGAUUUUCUUUGCUUCAGAUGGAAAUGCUGCUUUCAGUAAGGAGUAUGAUUUAUCGGUUGAUGCUUCUGCCAAUGGCAUGGGUAUCAGAACUGCUAGGUAUGCUAUUGUCGUUGAAGACAAAACAAGAAAGAUAUCAUAUUUGGGCAAAGAAGUUGAAAGAGGUGUCAAGUUCAGUGGAAUUGACGCUAUUUUACAAGCAAAAUUGUAA